CCGGAGGAAACCACUCAGUUUUACCUUACCACUUGAGAGGACCGGAGUUUGGCGAAGAUUUAGUGUGCUAAUCAGUGUGCGACUUAGAGUUUCAUGAAAAUUUUAUCUGAGAAGUCAACCAUCAGGAUCGAAAUGUGAUCACCAAAACGGAACAGUUUUGUUUCGAAAAAAAACAUCAAAAUCCCUUCCACUCGAGCUAACUCCGUCAGUGAGCAAUAGACUGUCGCCAGUGAAAGACGAGAUACAAUUCGACGAACAUAGUGAGGCGAUAAAAUGACAUCGGAAAAGGCAUCAUUGCACCUCGCGGUUACGACAGUUGCACUAAUCAUUGUGGUACUUUGCGGUGAAAUAAAAGCUACCACAGGAUCUACGAUACAACCGGAUGGAGAAACGAGCGGCGAACUAGCAGAGCCCAGAACAUUCGGCCGGAUACGAAUAUUGAAGAACUUCGUACUCCCAAUAUUGCUCCUAUUGGGGGGCAUAAAAAUGUUGCUGAUGUUCCUUGUAGCCGUUAGUUUGAAAACCCUCUUCGUCGGAAUGUCUAUUCUGAUUAUCCAUAUUAGCUUCGGAUUGGCGAAGGUUAUCAACUUUUUCAAAAUGCAUACCCCAGAGCACAAAGGCUGGGCGUUCCCGGAGAAAGCCAUCAACAUCCACGUUCAUACGGAUCCGGGUCAUCAUGUUGCGCUGGAAGGGCCUCCGGACAUCCAUAGUAGCGUAGCACCCUUGCAUCCGUAUGCGAGGAACGAUAUAGUAGCACCAAUCCAUGGUGCGGCAUCCACAUCCCAUCCAUAUCCGCAGAUGUAUAUACCAGGACUAAGGAAUGGCAACCCACCAUAUCCGCAUUGGAGUCAAAUGGCACGAAAACGAUAGCAGGAAUCAAACAGUUUCUUGAAAUUCUCAUAAAAUGCCAAAAAAAAAUCUGGGAGGAAUAAGGGUCAACAGCAUGAAUUAAUCAUAAGCUAACUUAUUUAUUUAUUUAUUUAUUUAUGUGUUCUUGUACAGAAGAAUUCCGAAAGAUGAAUUCGAAAUUAUUAGGCUAUCUCAAUAGAUUUCCUUAAUAGCUCCAGCUGAAAAUAAAUUGUUCAUUGUUAGGAACAUUCUUUAGUAUUAAGUUACUCGUAAUCAAAACAAAAAGCUGGGAAAUUACGUGGCUCGUGCAUGAGUCAAAACAUCUUGCGCGGACAUCCUCGGAAGAUAGAGUGAAAAUAAAAUAAAAGAUGACGAAUCACAGUGUCUUUUUACAUAUAUUCAUUCAUUUACAUAACCGAGCCCUCAUCUGGGCAACUGUUGAAAAAGUCAUCCAAACUUAAUUAAAUGCUCGAGGUUUGUUUGACAGUUCGCUCGUGAGUGUUUGGGUGCAUCUAAUGGGCCAUAAACGUUAGAUAAUUAUACGUUGAUCGUCGUGGAUAAAAACACACGCUUAUAUAAUUCGGCACUGUGCAACUAGGUAAAAAUACUUAUGGCCCUACAAAAUACUUUCGCUAUUUAUUACUAGGCACGAGGAGAACCCUAAAGUAGGAUAAAACUCCAACGCAAAUGGAUUUUUUAUUAAUUAUUUUGAAUUUGAAAAAACAUUCACGUGUUUUUUCUCAAAUUUUUCAUUGGAUAGAUAUUAAUGAUC